ACAUAACUACAUUAUUAUUAUUGGUUAUGUUUGCAUUUGCCAUUGCCAUGUUUGGUUGCCGUUGCCCUAAACACUGCCAUAAACUCUAAACUGUAAGUUUUCACUUGUCCCCGUUGUCCCCCUUGUCCCUAAUCUAAAAUCAUACUGGUUAACUGGUUCAAAUAAAUGGAAGUAAAACAGGGAAUUUGUGAUGAGUUUAAACAAAUAGAAGUAAAACAAGAAGUUAGUGAUGAGACCUGUCGAGCAGAAAUAUAUGCUGUUGAUGAUGGUAAUUUGGAUAUUGGUAAAAUUGAAAUAAAGGAGGAAGUCAAACGAGAAAGUAUACAUGAUACAUUUGAUUAUGUAGCCUUAGAGAAAAGUCCCAUAAAGACUGAAAUAGAACAAGAGGAACAUAAACUUACAUCCUGUAAAGAAAGACAAACAAAUCUAAGAGAAUUUCCCCAAGAGAAGAACACUUUGGAAAUUAUAAAAACAAUAGACAUACAGCUUUCGAAUCUACUUGCUCAAGAAAAAACAUUAAAAAGUGAAAUUUGUGGUAAGCGGUUUGUUAGAAAAGAAUACUUAAAUCAACAUUUGGAUAUUCACAGCGCAGAAAAACCUUAUAAGUGUGAAAUUUGUUUUAGGCAAUUUAGUCAAGAUGGAAAUUUGAAAAAGCAUUUAAGGGUACACUCUAGAGAAAAACCUUACAAGUGUGAAAUUUGUUCUAAGCGAUUUACUCGUAAUGCAAAAUUGAUAAAGCAUUUAAGGAUACAUACUGGAGAAAAUCCUCACAAGUGUGAAAUUUGUUUUAAACAACUUAGUGAAGCAGGAACUUUAAAAAAGCAUUUACAAAUACACAGGGAACAGCAAUACCAGUGUGAAAUUUGUUCUAAGAAAUUUAGUGAAGCAAGAACUUUGGAAAGUCAUUUGAGAAUACACACUAGAGAGAAACCUUACAAGUGUGAAAUUUGUUCUAAGCAAUUUAGUCGAAAUGACUAUUUGAAAAAUCAUUUGAGAAUACACACUGGCGAAAAGCCUUACAAAUGCGAAAUCUGUUCCAAGCAAUUUAGUCAAGCAAUUUAUUUGAAAAACCAUUUGAUAGUACACACUGGAGAGAAGCCUUACAAGUGUAAAAUUUGUUCUAAGCAAUUUUUCCACCAUGCAAGUUUGAAAAAGCAUUUAAUAAUUCACACUGGCGAAAAGCCUUACAAGUGUGAAAUUUGUUCCAAGCAAUUUAGUCAAGCAAUUCAUUUGAAAAACCAUUUGAGAGUACACACUGGAGAGAAGCCUUACAAGUGUGAAAUUUGUUCUAAGCAAUUUAGUGAAGCAGGCAGUUUGAAAAAGCAUUUAAGAACGCACACUGGCGAAAAGCCUUAGUAGUGCGAAAUUUGUUCUACGCAAUUUAGUGAAGCAGGCCAUUUGAAAACGCGUAUAAGACUACACACCGAAGAUAAAGCAUUGUGAAAUUCGUUUUAACCCUUUGAGUGCUUUUAAAAUUUCGAUAACAAAGCCACGAGGUUUGCAUUUUUUUAGAUAUUUAAAUUUUGACUCAUUUUAUUGUAAAGACGUCUAUUAUUGUUAUUAGAGAAAUACAAAAUUAAUGUCAUAAAGACAGUGACGUGUUUAAACGUCAUCAGCCUCCCGUAAUAGGGAACUUACAAAUUUUUUUUAUUACAUAAUAAUGUUAACGUUUUGUUUAAAAAUGAGAUUUCCAAAAUUUCACGCUUCAAAAUCUCAAUAACAACUUAGAAGUCCAAAUUUAAAUGCUCUGUGUAUUUAAAAUGGUUCAAAAGACCUGAGACGUCACAUAAUGAUACUUUCUUUAUGUUGAUGGUUAUAAUAUGUACUUCCAUUUUAACUUUUCCCAUACAUGAAAUUAUUCACGAAUUACUUUUUAUGCUAGGUUCUUUUUUACUCAGAGAAAGUAGUAUCGCAAAAUUAGUCCGCUUGUCCAUAGAAAUCACAAUAAGUCAAACAAGGAUAAACAAAUUGGUAUGUCGCUGAUAUCUUGUUUACUAUUAAUUUUGACAUUUAUAAUUUUAAGUGACAGUGAUAGCGGAUUUAUUGGUUGUUAUAUGAAUAGGGCUUUUCAUUCACAGUCAUUUGUUUCGAGCUUCUGUCAGAUAUCGAUACAUUUUUGGCAAAGUAACGUAAGUGACAUUUUUGAAAAUCAUAUUUUUCCAUUAAACUAACGCUAUUAUUGUUCAGAAGGCACUGCCAAAGUGUAGUAAGCCUAUACAUAUAUUAUGUUUAAAGUAAUUCUAGCCUUACUACAUUUUGGCAGUACCUUCUAAACAAUAAUAGUGUUAGUUUAAUGGAAAAACAUGAUUUUCGCCAAAAAUGUCACUUACGUUACUUUGCCAAAAAUGUAUCGAUAUUGUAUAAUCCGUGUGUAUUAAUAUUAUACACGGAUUAUACGACAUUUGACAGAAGCUCGAAACAAAUGACAAUCGAUGAAAAGCCCUAUUUAUUGUUUAUUUUUGGUUUUUCAAGUUAUUUAACUUUUAGUUUAGGAAAGUUGUAAUUUUUAUUUUCAAACAUAAUUAUUAUUAGAACGACUAACUACUAUUCUCUCUUAAUUCGAUUACUUUCGGUAAGUACCUAUUUAUUCUUUAAGGAAAAGUGAUAAGUAAUAUUUAUGAGUGUGGCUAUAGUUCUGUCGAAUGAAAACUUAUUUGUUUAUUUUCGAGAUUACUGUUUACUUACCUUUUGGUUUUUCAAUUAAAUUCAUUUAUUACCAUUCUAUAUUUAUCAGCAUCUAUAUUUAUACCAGUAAUACUCGGUAUGUUGUUCAAGAUGUUUAAUAAUGUUGAGUCGAUCAAUUCCCUUAAUAGUGAAAAAAAGAUUAAAGAAUUCAAUAAAAUAACUUUAUAAAAUAACUCCACCGGGAUAAUAUCCAUUUCCCAAUUAUUACCACUGACACUGACAGUUCGUACGUAUACGCUCUGAGCUUCGCUGGUGUCGCUCCUAGCGGACUACUAAUUCAACUUUCACCGGUAAUUUUUAAAUUUAUUAUUUAAUUGUUAUCGCUUAAUAUUUACAACACAAAAAUUAAUUAAAUUGUAAUCGAUUUUUUUAAGAUUUUGCUAAUCAUUUUGACAUUCUAUUGAUAAAAUAUGAAUUUCUUACUUCGGAUACUUUCACAAUUAUCGUCUAGAUGGCGCUAAGAUUAAUAGAUUAAUUUAUAAUUACAUAUUACGGAACAUUAAAAAAACUUAAAUUCAUUAUAAUAAAACGUAAGUAUAUUUAAGGUAAAAAUAUAUACCACAGCUUUGACCAACUAAUAUUUUUUAUAAUUAAUGUUUUUAAUUUUAAAUUAAUCACUUUGCCAUUUAUGUCAAAUUUCCGGUAAAGGUUUACAUACUUGUCACUACUGGCGCUCGCGAAUUUGUAAAUAUCCCCUCUACGUACGAGCUCACAGCGUAUAGGUAAUAUAAUACACGUGAAACGUACGUUUCAACUAAUUUUUUGAUUUAACUUGUUUAAAAAUGAAUCGUGACACAUGGUAAAAGUUAGAGUGGAAGAACAAUAUUUAUAUUUUAAUGACAUUUAUUGUACAUAUAUCAUUGUAAUAUAUAUACCAGUUUGUUGA